AUGGCUCCGGCCUCUCCAACUCCCCGUCGAACACCCACGGGACGCCGCAGAGGGCGUCCACCCGGCACCACCAACGCUGCGCGUGCCCUCAGACAGGCUUCACUUGCCGCCGCCGCUGUCUCCGAACCACCCCCCAAGAAGCGACGUCGCUACGUUCCCGGAGGCCCUGGAGGUGGUGGACGAUAUCUUGACGCCGACGCCAUCGACACCCCCGAUACAACCCGCACCAUGACAGCCUCGCGAUCCAGAACCUCGGCCUCCCGGAUGGCCCUCAACGGCGCCUCCCCGUCUCUGCCCCCGCGGCGGGAGCGGAGCACACGAGCCAGAACUGCUGCCAACGAAGACAGCGACGAGAUGCGAUGGGGAUCAGCCGCCGCCAUGGCUGCGUCCGUGAAGCAGGCCGAAGACUACAAGCCUCGAGAGGAGCGCAGCUGGGAAGAGUUCCAUCCAAACCUUGAUAUCGACCUCCCGUUUGUCAUCUUUCCUGCCGACGAUGUCGACGGAGUCGUCCUGCAAGAGGCGCCGAAUACUCCCGCUAUAGAUGCGCCGCCUCCUACCACACCACACCUAGAGUCCAUGACACCGUCCAAAUCCGUCAACCCCGCCUCGACAGGAAAUACACCAAAUCCCCAGGCAGCGCGCGGCCCAGAAGUCGAUGCCGACGAUUCAGCUGCUGGUACCCCAUCAAGACGCCCUCGCCGAUCCACUCGUGAAGUCGUCAGCUUUUAUAACGUUCGACCCCUUGACUUUGCUCCUACUCCUAGAACCCCCAAGAUCCUCCCCAUAUCGAACCAGACGCCAAAGGAGCGGCUCGACCUAAAACAACCACAGUAUAGAAAGACCAACCGCAUCGAAUUGUUUGAAAGCAAGACUUUUGGCCAGGCACGCUAUGUUGACAAGGCCAUGAGCAAUGUUGGCUACCAAGAAAGCGACAACUUUAUUCGAUCCGAGCGUACACUGAUCAAAGCCAUCGAUGGCAAUGCCGAUGAUGAACUUGGCCGUGUUGAGUAUGACAUGGACGAGCAAGACGAUAUGUGGCUUGAGCAAUACAACGCCCAGCGCAAGCAGAACGAGCUGGAAGCCAUCACGCGCGAGGUCUUUGAAAUUACCAUGACCAAGAUCGAAAAGGAGUGGCACGCUUUGGAACGAAGAAUACCAAAGCCAAACCCCAAACCGCCACAGACGCACAGGCCGCGGUCCAGCUCAGCUGUGGCCGUUAACGGCGAGACUCACAGCGGCGAGGAACCUGACAGUAAAUGCGCUAUAUGUGAUGAUGGAGAUUGCGAAAAUACCAACGCAAUUGUUUUCUGCGAUGGUUGUAACCUCGCGGUUCACCAAGAAUGCUACGGUGUGCCUUUUAUUCCAGAGGGCCAGUGGCUAUGCAGGAAAUGCCAGCUAUGUGGUCGCGGAAUACCAACAUGCAUAUUCUGCCCCAAUACGGACGGCGCAUUCAAGCAAACCAACUCGUCAAAAUGGGCCCAUCUACUCUGUGCCAUGUGGAUUCCUGAAGUCUCCUUAGGAAACCAUACGUUCAUGGAGCCCGUCAUGGACGUAGAAAAGGUCCCCAAAACUAGGUGGAAGUUGACUUGUUAUAUCUGCCGUCAGAGAAUGGGCGCCUGCAUUCAGUGUGGCAACAAAAAUUGCUACCAGGCCUUCCAUGUCACAUGUGCCAGGAGAGCACGAUUAUUUCUCAAGAUGAAGACUGUCCAGGGCACUCUUGCUGUGUUAGACGGCAGCAUGGUGCUCAAGGCAUUUUGCGAUAAGCAUUGCCCGCCGGAUCACGCCCAAGAAAACCAGGUCCACCAGGCCACGCGAGCCGCCAAAAAGUUCUAUAAGAGGAACAUGCGUGGGCGUAUCUGGGCAGACAAUCAAGCCAUGGCAAAUGUCAUUGCAGCGCAACACCGCACUGCCAUUACAGAUCACCCGCCAGAUGAGAGCCAGAUGACGGGUGCGAAGAACCUAGCCAUCCUGGGCGACAAAAAGAAGGGACAGCCUCCUAAAAACCUCUGGAAGCUUCCAUCUGGAGCACCCAUCAUCCCUCAGGUCGUCUUUGACAUUGUCGAGGCAUCUAUUCAACGGUUCACGUUCAGGAAGCGCAAGGACUUCCUCAGCGAAGCUUGCCGCUAUUGGACCCUGAAGAGAGAGGCACGUAGGGGUGCCGCGCUCCUCAAGCGCUUGCAGCUGCAGAUGGAGUCAUUCUCUUCCAUGGAACUGACAAGGCGAAACUUCGCCGCCAUGGGUCCCAGCGGCAAGGCGAGACUGGCUCGCCGCAUCGAGUUUGCCCAGGGUAUCAUUCACGAGCUCGAACAGCUCAAGGUUCUUGCCGACGACAUUGUGCAGCGUGAACAGCUCAAGUUGGAUGCUGCCGAGCUCGAGCAGGACUUUGUAGACGAGUGCUACUUUCCGACUGCCAAGUUACUAGUUCCUGCUGUGGAGAAGGCUAUUUCGCUGGAUAAGGGUCUCUUUACGGAUGGCUUGGCCGAUUUACAGGCAAGCAUUGAGAAGCGGGUGUAUGUCAACACCUUGAGCUUUGCACAAGACCUCGGCGAUAUCAUCAGCAAGGGAAUCUUGACUCCUCCUGAGCUCUCGGAAUCCAUUAAUCGUGAAAUGGAGGAGGAUGAAGCGGAUAACAACAGCACCAAUAACUCCAUUAUAACAUCAACAUUUUCAGACAUACGAGAGCGGCGGAAGCUCGGAAAGCGAAUUCUCAAGGCUGUGCAGCCACUGCUUGAAAUGUCGCUACAGGUUGAAGCCGAAAUAUCUACAAAGCCGUCUGAAGCGCUGCAGAGAGAGUUGGAGGCCCUUAUUGAUGCUAGCAUCGAAGUAGGGCGACAGCCCAACGCAGCGGCACAUAACGAAGCAGAUGCGGCAGCUGAAGACACCAUUAUGCUCGACGCUCCUGAGCCGUCAUCUGAAGUCCUCCCUACCAUUAAGAGUGAGCCUCUAGCAGGCGGGAGUGGCAUUGUCUCCGACAACGGCGACGUAAUGGACACUGCUGAGAAUGAAGAAGAAGAAGAUGAUGAAGAUGAUGAUGAGGACGAUAACGAUCGCCAUGAGGAAGAGGAAGGUGACAGUAUUGAGGUUAAUACCGUCGGGUUGGGCAUCAUGACCAGCCGCACCUCAGGGGGCCUCGGUAUAACGACAGAGAUGAACAUUAAAUCGGCGAGAGUCAAUGCUGCUAUCGCAUCUGAAACCCCUCCUAACAGCACGAGCAGCUACGUCGUCAUAAGUCGCCCAUCACAAGAUGGGCCACCAACCCCACCGCAGAGUGGUAUCCUUUGGUACCUUAGGGCACUUGAGCCAUACGGAACGUCCAUCCUUGAGGAGCACUGGGCAGCGGGCCGAGAUGCAGUGCGGACGCUCAGCGAAGAGCUGACGGAUUUCGAUGACGAGGACUUUAAGGACCUUGACGAUGCCGUGACAGCUGCGGCGAUGGAUACGGAAGAGCCGAGAGAUGCGUCGAGCGCCGGCAGCACCAAGAACAAGACGGCGAGUAGACUUCCAAAGAAACGAAGACCGACUAGACGGCGAUAA